UACCAUAUGAUCUAAUGUGGGUGUCAGCCGGAUUGUGUUCAUUGAGGGAAACCUUAUUUUUUAACUGUGCUAUGGAGUAGAAGCAGGAGAUUUUCAACCUAGUGACAGUCACAGAGCAGCACCUGCCCCCUCCUCCUUUCCACACCUGCAAACUCUUUUGCCUGGGCUGAAUAUUUAGUGUAAUUACAUCUCAGCUUUGAGGGCUCCUGUGGCAGAUCCCCGGAUUAAAAGGUUCCUUGGUUGUGAAAAUACAUGAGAUAAAUCAUGAAGGCAACUUUCAUCUUCCUCUUGCUUGCACAAGUUUCCUGGGCUGGACCGUUUCAGCAGAAAGGCUUAUUUGACUUUAUGCUGGAAGAUGAGGCUUCUGGGAUAGGCCCGGACGACCGCUUUCACGAAGUUCCUGAAUUCGAGCCUCAGGCACCAGUGUGCCCCUUCCGCUGUCAAUGCCAUCUUCGAGUUGUCCAGUGUUCUGAUUUGGGUCUGGACAAAGUGCCAAAAGAUCUUCCCCCUGACACUGCACUGCUGGACCUGCAAAACAACAAAAUAACUGAAAUCAAAGAUGGAGACUUUAAGAACCUGAAGAACCUUCAUACGUUGAUUCUUAUCAACAACAAAAUUAGCAAAAUCAGCCCUGGGGCAUUUGCACCUUUGGUGAAAUUGGAACGACUUUAUCUGUCCAAGAAUCAACUGAAGGAAUUGCCAGAGAAAAUGCCCAAAACUCUUCAGGAGCUGCGUGUCCAUGAGAACGAGAUCACCAAAGUGCGAAAGUCUGUGCUCAAUGGAUUGAACCAGUUGAUUGUCGUAGAACUUGGCACCAACCCUCUGAAGAGCUCAGGCAUUGAAAACGGAGCCUUCCAGGGAAUGAAGAAGCUCUCCUACAUCCGCAUUGCUGACACCAAUAUAACCACCAUCCCUCAAGGUCUUCCUCCUUCUCUUACUGAAUUACAUCUUGAUGGCAACAAAAUCACCAAAGUUGAUGCAGCUAGCCUGAAAGGAUUGAAUAAUUUGGCUAAGUUGGGACUGAGUUUCAACAGCAUCUCUGCUGUCGACAAUGACUCUCUGGCCAACACUCCUCAUUUGAGGGAACUUCAUUUGAACAACAACAAGCUUAUCAAAGUGCCUGGUGGGCUGGCGGAUCAUAAGUACAUUCAGGUUGUCUACCUUCACAACAACAAUAUCUCUGCAAUCGGCACUAACGACUUCUGCCCACCUGGAUACAACACCAAAAAGGCUUCUUAUUCUGGGGUGAGCCUUUUCAGCAACCCAGUCCAGUACUGGGAGAUCCAGCCAUCCACCUUCCGAUGUGUCUAUGUGCGCUCUGCCAUUCAGCUCGGAAACUACAAGUAGCUCCCAAGAAAGCCCUCAUUUUUAUAACCUGGCAAAAUCCCGUUAACGUCACUGCUCAAAAAAAAAAAAAAAAAAAAAGAAAGCUAGAUACUGGAAAC